CCCAUUAAACUUGGACAUCUUGCGAUCAACUUAUUCAACGAUAACGUAACCCUCCUACUUCAAUUCACAACGGCAUAAGCAAUAUUGCAACCAUAAUGGCGCCAAAGAAAUCAGCUGCUGCUCCUACCGUGGCAGCACCUGUCACUCCAGCAUCGAUGACCGUUACCACAGCUAACACCACUACCGCCAAGACCACUAAGAGUGAGGACAAAGCAGUCUGGUGGACUCUUUGGGACUACUAUAAGGCGAAUACGCCGCAACGAACGAAGCUGAUCGAUGUGUUCAUGGGAUUUCUGGUGGUCGUGGGCAUCUUACAAUUCGCGUAUUGUGUGUUGGCGGGCAACUACCCCUUCAACGCUUUCCUCUCAGGCUUCUCUGCGACCGUCGGCCAAUUCGUCCUUACUGCAUCUCUACGUAUCCAAACCGCACAAGGAAACAAAUCCGAAUUCCCUUCGGUGUCACCAGAGAGGUACGUGCUCUUCCAUCCCGACUCUCACAUCUAUACAAGACUAACAUUUUCUCGCAGAGCAUUCGCAGACUAUGUGGUCGGAAGCUUGAUCCUCCACUUCUUCUGUGUCAACUUCAUAAACUAAGCAACGGCGCAUGGCGUACACCAAGGAUGGCAAGAGUGUGGAAACUGAGUUUUCGUUGGACCCGG